UAAACUGCAUAAACCUCAAUUACACUGUACCAUACUUAAAUUUCUUAUCGUUUAUAUUUUCAAAACUGUAGUUACCAUUUGACCCUUCAUCUCACUUCCGUUUUUAUUAGGGAAAAUUGGAAAAAUGGGACACUUUGAACUUUUAUUUGUCACAAUAGGAUUUCUGAUAUUUUGGACAAUUCUGGACAUAUUUUACCCUUUUUUAAUAGAAAAAAUAGUAAACUGAAUUUUAAAAAUGUUAAAAAAUAUCAAAACUAUUGGAAACAUAAGUAUGACAAUAUAUAUGUUUAAAUUGUUUUUUUUUUUAAAAUGAAUCAUAUUUUAUUUCAUCUUCUAGCUACAGUUAUAAUACUCAUUCUGGUCAUCUACUUAGUCUAGAAUUCGGCUACUAAUGUUUAUACAUAGAUAUAUCUUUGGUAUACAACGUAACCUAUCUUUUCUUAUAUAUUCUAACCAAAGCUAGGUUACGUUACGUUAUAAUCAAGAAAGAUGUCUUUCUUAUACCUUUAGCUUGGUUACGACAUGUAGCCACAAUGCGUUGAUAUACCCUAUCUAUAUUUGGAGCCAUGAUGUGGUCUGCCUUUUACCUUAUGUGGCGCCUAGGGAAGAAUAUGUUUCACAUCUACUCUACUGUGUUCUGACUUACAUAGGUUAUACAUUCUACAGGAAAUCCGAAAAAUAUGGAAACUUCCAUAAUCGGUUAAAGAUGUUUCCUAAAUCUAAACUAAAUCUUCCCUAAAUAUCUCCAAGAAUAUUUUCUCCCACGUUUUUCUCCUUCUCCCACGAUCUUUUGUCGUCGUUCUUUGUGUUUCUCUCUUCUUCAUCGACAUAAUCAUCUCUCUUUUCUCUAUCAAUACAACAUGGUUCUAAUCUAUGUCAAAUCGGGUGAAUGGAUGUGUAGUCGCGGUGAUGACUGGAGUUUCGUGGUAGACAAAGAAAGGCGUGGUCGAAUGGUAACAUUAGCAACUACUACUACGUUGAAGCAGCUCAAGAUAAUGGUGUGUGAGGAUUAUGGGGUGGACCAUAAUGCCAUUAAUGCCGAGUUCAGUUAUUCGUUGUUGAAUCAAAAAGGGAAUCCUCCUAUUAUUAUCACCAAUGAUCGGCAAGCAUCUAAUUUUGUGGGCUAUGCAAAGAGGGAAUCGUCUACUACCUUGUGUGUGAUGUUCUCUGUUUCCGGUGUAAAUCAAAAGGAACGAGUCAAUAUCGAUUUGAAUAAGGAGCCUUGCGAUUCAAGUAAUGUUGAGGAUGAAGAAGUUCCUGAGAUAAAUCGAGCAGAGUUUGUCAAGCCGUCAAAGGAGUCUUUUGUUAAAAGAACGAAUCAUGUCGCUGCAGAUGGUUGCGGUCCUUUAAGGAGUGAAAACAUUGAACUUUUUCAAAACAAUGGAGACAGUGAUAAGGAUGGUCGAGCUUGGAGAGGAGACUUCGUGAAGAAGGAUCAAAUUUUCACAAGUAAAGGGGUUCUGAAGGCAACAAUGGAAAUUUUAGCGAUGAAGAAUAAUUUCGAUUACACUGUUAUCAAAUCCACGAGAAAAUGGUGGUAUAUUCGAUGUAAAGAUGCAUUGUGCAACUGGACUGUGCGUGCAGAAGGAAUAGAUGGGUCUACAUAUUUCAUGAUCAACCAAUGUGAUGGAAGACAUUCAUGUGCUCCUUCAAAGAAAAGGAAAUUCGGAAAAACAGCAUCAGCAAGAACAAUUGGGACUCUGAUACAACAUCGAUUUGAUGAUGCAAACGAUGGCCCAAAACCGAAUGACAUCAUUCAAUUUAUGAGAAUGGAGCAUAGUUGUGAGAUUACUUAUUGGCACGCUUGGGAAGCUCGUGAGUUUGCUAUUGCAGCUGCUAGAGGUAUACCAGAUCGCAGUUACUCUAAAAUACCAGCAUAUCUGCAUAUGAUUAAAGAAGCAAAUCCUGGUACGCAUACUCACUAUGAAACUAAUGAGAAGGGAAGAUUCAUGUAUCUAUUUAUGUCAUUUGGGCAAUCAGUUAGAGGAUUCUACAAUGCAAUGCGAAGGGUGAUUGUUGUUGACGGAACUUUUCUGAAAAAUAAAUACAAAGGGACACUUCUUGUUGCUACUGCUGUAGAUGGUAACUCUAAUUUGUAUCCGAUUGCAUUUGGGGUUGUUGAUUCAGAGAAUGACGAUUCUUGGGGGUGGUUCUUCAGACAGUUGAAAGUGGUUAUUGCUGAUUGUCAAGACCUAGCUUUUGUCUCAGAUAGAAAUGCGUCUAUUUCUAAAGCUAUUGGGACUGUCUACCCUCGAUCAGCACAUGGAAUUUGCAUUCAUCACUUAUUGACCAAUGUGGUCUCAUUUUUCAAGACAAAAGGAUUGACUGCGUUGGUAGAAAAGGCUUCACGGGCAUAUAGAUACACUGAAUUUCAAGAACGUAUCACCGAAAUUUUUGAUAUGAGUCCUGAGCUUGGAAGAUAUCUACGGGAGGCUGAUGUGCGCAAAUGGGCUCGUUCUCUCUUCCCUGGUUCCAGGUAUGACAUUAGGACCACGAACCCUGCAGAGUCUAUAAAUUCAGUUCUUAGAAUACCUAGAGAAUAUCCGGUUAUUCCUUUGCUUGAUAGUAUAAGAGAACUGUUGACUCGAUGGUUCUAUGAGCGUCGCUUGUUAAGCUCAAAGCAUCUAGAUCCUUUAACCGCUAAGGUGGAGAGAAAGAUUGAUAGGAGAAUUGUGAAGGCAAAAGGAUUCCAGGUUUACAAGGUUGACAACUUCAGAUCGGUUGUAAAAGGAGACAUAUAUGAUUGUCAUGUUGAUUUGGAAAGAAGAACAUGCACAUGUGGUAAGUAUGAUAUAGGAAAAAUUCCUUGCCGACACGCCAUUCCUGCAAUUUAUUCACGAGGUAUGGAAGUGCACAGAUUCACUGACGCCUUAUACAGCACUGCAGCGUGGAGAACCGCCUAUGCAGAUUCCAUUAAUCCAAUAGCAGUUGUAGAGUCAGAAUGGAAUGUCCCUGCUGAGGUUAAACUUGCAAAGGUUUUACCACCAAAGACAAGAAAGAGUGCUGGUCGACCAGUAAAGAGAAGGUAUGAAUCAGUAGAAGACAAGAUCGCAUCUUCUCAAGGAUCAAAGAAGAAUAAAAAGCAUAAGUGUAGCCGUUGUGGAACUGAAGGACACAAGAGAGGAACAUGCGAUUUACCCAUCUAGUUUGUUAUGUGUCUGCAUCUGUCUCUGUUUUUUUCUUUAUUGCUUUUGAAACAAUUUGAUCUUCUGUUUAAGAACCUAUUUGACAAUUUGGUAUUUGCUAAACUAUAGAGACAAAUCGAUUUAUUCUA